ACUCAUGAAGAAAAAUUUGGUGGGAAAACGUCAACAUCAUCAUCAUCAUCGUGGAGGGUUAAAUGUAUGGCACUGAUGGGUGAAGAAUGUUAGGUCUGUGUCGCAGAGUAGGAGGCAGCUUGGGGAAGAGGCGUUUUUUUCCUGAAUGCUGUUCCAAAACCAGGCGUAUACAGCAGCUUGGGUACUGUAACCAGCAAGAAAGUGUGCAAGAUGUUAUAGCAUCUAUCAUCAAAGAGUCAAAAGUUCACAACUCAAUUAACAAUAAUAGGACUAGUAAAAUUCCAAACACUGCAGUUGGCAUAAAUGAGGAAAGAAUUAAAACUGAAAGAAAUGGUGACAUUCCAAGUGCUUACUCACCAACAGAUAUUGCAAGUGAUUUAGAAAUCGAAACUGCUGAGCCAGUGAAGAGUGAAAGUAAACUAAAAAAUUCCAGUCCGUCUCAUUCGGCAAGAAAAAUUUUAAAGGCUCUGGGCAAUUUAACUGAUGAGGAGGCCGAAACACUUGCUUUCAUAAAAAGUGUGAAAAUUUUCCAACCACUCACUUCUGAACUGGAGGAAAAUGGGGAGAAGUUUAGGGAAUUUGUGGAGGGAUUGAAAGUAAGGAACCUGCCCUCUGUCACCAAGAUUAUCAGUGCCACGCAGACAGAUUACCAGAAAUAUUUACUGGAGCAGUGGAAACUGAAGAUGAUAGAGAAGCUAGGACUCCAAGGCUUUGAGGAAUACCAAAAAGAAACUUUUGCAAAGGGUCAUAAACUUCAUAGUGCCAUACAGCAGAGGUUGUCAGAAGAAAAAGCAGACAUCCCUCCCAAUAUAGAGGGAUACUGGAGAAGUCUGCAACCUGUCAUCCCAGCCAUUGAACAUGUGUUUUCACUGGAGGACCAUGUUCAACACCCACACCUACAUUACAGAGGAAUUUUUGAUUGCCUGGCUAUCUACAGCAGCAUGAUGAAAGACCAGGGAGUAGGAUGUCCUUGUGUCAUUGACUGGAAGACGUCUUCCAAGCCAAAACCAACAUUACGAGAUACUUACGACUAUCCACUACAGAUGGUGGCAUAUCUUGGUGCUCUCAACCAGUCAGAUUAUCUUAUUGAGAAGGGGAUCCCCCCUGUAAAUAGUGCUGCCUUAAUUGUGGUGUAUGAGAAUGGGGACCCAGCCCACAUUCACUUCCUGGAUGCUGCCAAGUGCCAGACCUACUGGAGGAAAUGGUUGGACAAGUUACACCAGUACUGGUUACUGAGAGGCAAUGAGGCAUCUUGAAAGAACUCUCCAGAGAAACAUCCAUGCGAAAUGAAAUUCUGGAAUUGGAGAAAGCUUGUUAUUAACCACAUGCAACAAACUGGAAAGGAUAUACCAUUGAAUCAAGGAAAGCAGCAUUCCAGUGAAGAAACUUAAUGUUAAUAGAAUAACAAAAUCGUAAAAAGACAACAAACAACUGGAAAAAAGACAAAGAAAUAAAAAAAAAAAAAACAGGGGAAAAACAAUAUUACCAGUAAAACACAAGAUGCAUCAUCCAAGCCAUCAGUAAGAUAUCUGUUGGAAACCAGUGAAGAGCCAAUGCUCAAUCAAGACUUCAAAUUUUGUAAACCCCAAGCAAAACAGGUUGAAAACUAAAAAAAAUGUUUCAUGUUGAAAAAUGUUUAGUUUCACCAGUACAAGACAUACAUGUGUACAUGAAUAAUACUUAUACCAUUCAACAGAAAGCAAAUCAAUUCUUGUACUUGGUACUUUUUAUCCUAUCCAUGACAGAGUCAAGUUUUGCUUUUGAACACACUCUUUUAUAGACGUUUUUAACUUCUACCUAAGACUGUUUUUGUUUUCAAGUCUCAACAGCUUUCAAAGUCAUUUAAGAUAAGACAGUGAUGUAAUAAUCUUAAGGCUGCAGUCAUUAUGGUAUUCAACAUGUUCAAAUUUCACUAUAUUAUUUUUGCUGUAUGUUUUUAAUUAGAUUUUUCCCCAGCUUGAUAAUGGAUGACAGAUUUUAUAGAUAGUUGUUUUACCUAGCCCAGAUAAAGCAUUCACAAUCAAGGUGUGCAGAUGAAGCCUGGCAUUGUUUAUGUUCAGUAUUACAUAAAGUGGAAAUACUUGUUUUGCAUUCUUCCCUAGUAAUGAAUCUUUCUUCUUUUUUUUUGUCUGUUAUUGCACAUGGAAGCCUCUUGCUUUCUGGUCUUUAGUGCUCAAAUUACAUCAGGAUUCAAGUCCUUAGUUGCAAAGUAAAAGCAUACACUUACAAAAUGUAAAAGAAAAUAAUAAACUGUUGCUAAAUGCAUGUGAGCAACCAGCAUUGUGUUCUUUAAAUAACUCAAAAGUUUU